CGUUACCCUUGUUCCCCCUUCCAGGUCGGGAUGGUGGCUGACUGCGCAGGAUAGCGGCGGCCAUGUGGAGGUGACAGUCAGCCUGUGGACUGGCAAAGGAGCCUGGAUCAGGUGGACGUGGCUGGCUGGCAUAGCGACCUCGGUGCUGGCGAUGGAAGCGGAAGGCUUGGGUUGGCUUCUGGUCCCGCUGCACCAGCUGGUUUCCUGGGUGGCCGCCGGGGCUAUGGUCUUCGGAGGGGUGGUGCCAUACAUCCCCCAGUACAGGGACAUCCGGAGGACUCAGAACGCUGAUGGUUUCUCCACCCACGUGUGCCUGGUGUUACUGGUGGCCAAUAUUUUACGGAUACUCUUUUGGUUCGGAAGGCACUUCGAGUCCCCGCUCCUAUGGCAAAGCAUAGUGAUGAUCCUGACCAUGCUUCUGAUGCUGAAGCUCUGCACUGAGGUCCGAGUGGCCAAUGAGCUGAACAUUAAGCGCCGCUCCUUCUCAGCCACAGACAGUAAGGAUGAAGAACUCAAAGCCCCCCCCAGGCGGCCCUACCUGGACUUCGAUGCUCACCAUUUCUGGCACUGGAGCAGCUUCGCAGACUACGUGCAGUGUGUCCUGGCCUUCACGGGUGUGGCCGGCUAUGUCACCUACCUGUCCAUCGACUCCACCCUGUUUGUGGAGACACUGGGUUUCCUGGCUGUGCUGACCGAGGCCAUGCUGGGCGUGCCACAGCUGUAUCGAAACUACCGUCACCGCUCCACGGAGGGCAUGAGUCUCAAGAUGGUGCUCAUGUGGACAAGCGGCGACACCUUCAAGACGGCGUACUUCUUGCUCAAUGGCGCGCCUCUGCAGUUCUCUGUCUGUGGCCUCCUGCAGGUGCUGGUGGACCUGGCUAUCCUGGGGCAGGCCUAUGCCUUUGCUCACCACCCCCAGAAGCCAGCACCCCAUACAGUGCACCCUGUCAGUACCAAGGCUCUCUGAGGCAUCGAGGGAAGACAAGGAUGUGUGACCAGUCAGCCGCGGGUGCUGAGUCCCCAACCUAUGUGCCCGCAUUAGGGGGCUGGCCCUGCGCGCUCCACAGAUGAACAGGCCGGGUGGGGGCAGAGAGUGAUGGAGUGGAGUGCUUGUCCCCACAGCCUUCAGGUGGGGGACUCAGGGACAGUGAAGCUAGGGCUGGCUCUGUGCUGUUUUUAAGGGAUAGAAAAGACAGGCGUCCUUCCUUACCUCCUUCAGAAAAACACUGGCCUGACCCUGAAACAGGUUGGCGCAAAAUGGCAGGCCCAGCAACCCGCUGAGUCCCUUCCUCAGCAAGCUUCCCUCAGCGAGCCUCUCCUCUCCUGGCAGAGCCCGUGGUGCUCUAGACAGUGUGCAGCCAUGGCUGCCGGUGGCUUGUGUGCCCUCAUGCUCUGCCCUGUGCUCCCCUGUGGGUACCACGGGUUUGUCUGCUGCCCCGAUAGAGAUGGAAGCUGCGGACCCGAUCCUGGUCACUGUGUUUGCCCCUCCCUCUGCCCACCAUGAGAUCAUGUAUGCUUGGCAGCCCUGUGCUGACCUGGCUGGUUCCUGGGUCCAGAAUGUUCUAGAUGCUUCUACAUAACAGUUUCUUCCCUUCUGCUGGGCAGAAGGCCUUUGUGCACACAGUGAUGCCCUCCACAGUCAGCACAAGAGCUCUGGCAGUCGUGGUGGCUCACCAGAUGGCUGAAGAGUCCACACUGUGCCACCUUCAAGCUUCCCUCAGAUUUUCUAAGUGUGUGAGUGAGAUUCUUGCUUACUCCCUGGUCUGUAAGAUGCUUGUAAGAUGUUUAUAUUUUUUAAAAAUGAAGGAAGAUGUCUGUAGUGGUAAUUACCUCCAAAGUAAAUGCCAUCGGUUGCAGGCCCAGCUGCUGAAU